AUGAAGAAUUCGAUAGCUGCUAGUUCUAGAUGGACCAAGAGUCGUUUCUCUCACUUCUUGCCCUCGUCCACUGAUAACAGUGAUACGGGGGCCACCUCAACUGAUCAAUCUUCUACACAGGGAGAGGAAUUGCACCAUAGGAAGCACCGCGAAGAAGACAAUGAAGGUGAGAAACCAAAAAAGUCCCCCGUAUCCACCUCUACGAUGCAAAUACAAACUGGACAAGAUGAAGACGAAGAUGAUGGCCGGAUUGUUAUUAAACCGGUUAACGAUGAAGAUGAUACAUCAGUGAUCAUAACGUUUAAUCAAUCAAUCUCCCCUUUUAUCAUCACUCUGACAUUCGUUGCGUCCAUUUCCGGAUUCAUGUUCGGUUAUGAUACUGGUUACAUAUCGAGUGCGCUAAUUUCUAUUAAUAAGGACUUAGACAACAAAGUGUUGACUUAUGGAGAAAAAGAAAUAAUUACGGCCGCCACAUCAUUGGGCGCUCUGAUUACAAGUGUGGGCGCUGGUACUGCUGCCGAUGUGUUCGGGAGAAGACCAUGUUUAAUGUUUUCCAAUCUUAUGUUUUUGAUCGGGGCAAUUCUACAAAUCACCGCCCAUAGAUUUUGGCAAAUGGCUGCAGGUAGGUUGAUUAUGGGUUUCGGGGUCGGUAUUGGCUCUUUAAUCUCUCCUCUUUUUAUCAGCGAAAUCGCGCCUAAGAUGAUCAGAGGUAGGUUGACCGUCAUAAAUUCUCUAUGGCUGACCGGUGGUCAAUUGAUUGCUUACGGUUGUGGUGCAGGUCUUAACCACGUCAAAAAUGGUUGGAGAAUCUUGGUUGGUUUAUCCUUAAUACCUACUGUUUUGCAGUUUUCAUUUUUCUGUUUUUUGCCAGACACACCAAGAUACUACGUUAUGAAAGGCGAUUUAGAGAGCGCUAAAAUGGUUCUCAAACGAAGUUAUGUAAAUACUGAAGAUGAAAUAAUCGACCAAAAAGUUGACGAGUUGGCUAGCUUAAAUCAAUCGAUACCAGGAAAAAACCCAAUAUCAAAAUUCUGGAAUAUGGUCAAGGAAUUGCACACGGUACCUUCAAAUUUCAGAGCCUUGAUUAUUGGGUGUGGUCUACAAGCAAUUCAACAGUUUACAGGUUGGAAUUCUUUGAUGUAUUUUUCAGGUACGAUAUUUGAAACUGUGGGGUUCAAAAACUCGUCUGCCGUCUCUAUUAUUGUUUCAGGUACUAAUUUUGUUUUCACAUUAAUAGCAUUUUUCUGCAUUGAUAAAAUCGGCCGUAGAUAUAUUUUACUGAUUGGACUACCUGGUAUGACCGUGGCAUUGGUAAUUUGUGCUAUAGCAUUUCAUUUCUUAGGUAUCAAGUUCAAUGGUGCUAGUGCAGUAGUGGCAUCUAAUGGAUUUUCAUCUUGGGGGAUUGUCAUUAUCAUUUUUAUCAUCGUGUAUGCGGCAUUUUAUGCCCUGGGUAUCGGUACUGUUCCAUGGCAACAAUCGGAAUUAUUUCCACAAAACGUGAGAGGUGUAGGGACCUCCUAUGCUACUGCUACCAACUGGGCAGGCUCUUUGGUCAUUGCAUCUACAUUCCUGACCAUGUUGCAAAAUAUUACCCCAACGGGUACAUUUUCAUUCUUUGCUGGCGUGGCAUGCUUAUCGACCAUUUUUUGUUACUUUUGUUAUCCAGAGCUAUCAGGAUUGGAGUUGGAAGAAGUUCAAACAAUUUUAAAGGACGGAUUCAAUAUCAAAGCUUCUAAAGCUCUGGCCAAAAAGAGGAAACAACAAGUGGCUGAAGGUGCUGCCCAUCACAAACUAAAAUUCGAACCUACUCAGGAAAUCGUGGAAAGUUAA